AUGAAUAUUACUGAAAAUAAACAAUCACCAGUGAAUAAUGAUAAUUCAUUACCAGGUCUCAUUAUCGAUGAUGAUAAUAGUAACAAUAAUGAUAAACAAGAAUCCUCAUUGAAUUCUUAUAAUUCUUUAAUACAUCCUAAAGAAGAUUUGAAUACUGAAAAUCCAUUUAGUAUUCUUUCAAUAUGUUUAUCAUCAUCAAAAAUGUUUCGAUCUCAUUCAUAUACGAAUCAUCAUCGAUUUAAUCUUGCUCAACCUUAUCCAAUUUCACCUCAUGCUUAUUUUGCUAAAUAUACAGAAAUCAAUAGAACUUCAAUAAAUAAUAAUUUAAUUUGUGAUGUUUGUGGAGAUAUUUCAAAUGGUAAACAUUAUGGUAUAUUAGCAUGUAAUGGUUGUAGUGGAUUUUUUAAACGAAGUGUUAGACGAAAAUUAAUUUAUCGAUGUCAAGCAAAUACAGGUAGAUGUAUUAUUGAUAAAGCUCAUCGAAAUCAAUGUCAAGCAUGUAGACUUAAAAAGUGUUUACAAAUGGGAAUGAUAAAAGAAGCUGUACAAAAUGAACGUCAAUCACGUAGUGAUACUCAAAUUCGCAUGAAUUUAUUUGAUUAUCAUUAUGAACAUACCGGAACAACAAUAUCUGCUAUGCAUCGUCGUCCUUUUCAACAAACAAAUUUCACAUCCGAUUCAUCACCUAAUGAAAGUAGCAUAACACCUAUGACAAAACAAGACGAUGAUACAAUUUAUACAAUAUCAUCUCAAAUUCUUUUGAUGAUUAUCAAUUGGAUACGUAAUUUACCAACAUUUUUAAGUUUACCGGUUUGUGAUCAGUUGAUUUUAUUGGAAGAAUCAUGGUCAGAAUUAUUUCUUCUUGGGGCAAUACAAUGUUCCACAUCAUUGGAUAACGGAGGUCCAAUUUUUUGUAAUGUACUUCAUUGUGAAAAUGAAAAUGAAAAAUUAAUUAAUGAUCUCUUUUAUACUUUUAAACAAUUAAAACUUGAUCCCAUUGAAUUUGCUUGUCUAAAAACCAUUGUUUUAUUUCGAUUUGAUAUUCAAACAUUGAGUGAAAUUAAAUUAAUUGAAAAUUUACAAGAUCAAGCACAAAUAACAUUAGCACAAUUUAUACAAAUUCGUAAUCCGACACAACCAGCACGUUUUGGUCGAUUGCUUUUAACAUUACCAUUACUUCGUAGUAUACCAUCAAUAUUCAUUGAAAAAACUUAUUUUUCACAUACAAUUGGUAAAAUAUGUAUGUCAAAAUUACUUUCAGACAUGUUUAAAAAUUAA